GGAGGAGAGGCAGAGGUAGUACACCAGAUGAAAGGAGAGAGGACGCCCUCUUUCCUCUUCAGCACUCCUCUCUGACCAUCAAUCAUCCAGGGCCAUUGUGGUCCUGUCCAGGGUAGCCUGCAGCGCAACCACACAGCCCAGCCACCCAGCCAGGCAGGCAGAAGAGAGGAGAGGAGAGGAGAGAGGGGGCAAGGAGCUGUAGCCUUCAGGGAGAAAGGAAAGUGGAAAAUAAUGGCAGCCAGGGAACAGCCUUCUUCCUGUCCUCCUCUCCAGCCAGUGCUGCUGGGCUUAGGGGCAGCGCUGCUCUCCUUCUGCAUCUCCACUGUAUUCUCCCAGGUCCCAGACCCAGAGCUUUUACCGACAGAUCCCCCAAAGAAGCCAGACCCAGUCACUUCAGAAACAGUCGUGUUCUGGGGACUGCGGUUAUGGCAGGUUAUUGGCAUCUUCUCUAUGUUUAUUCUAGCAGUCAUCAUAACCCUAUGCUGCAUCUUCAAAUGCCGUAUCCCCAGGACGAAGAAGGAGAUUGAGGCGCGACAUGCUCAGAGAGUAGCAGCUAAGGAUUACGCCAACACACUGGAGACAGUGCCUCCUCUCAACGAGCUCACAGAGAUCCCAGGAGCGCUCCUGGACACUGCAUCCCUCCCGACGGUCUCUGAGCAGGUCCAGGCUCGCAGCGCCAGCAGCAGCCAGCUCCCAGUGGUGAGAGAGGAGGAGGAGCUCACUGGCCCCCUCACUCAGCCUGAGACUGGAUGACUUUCCUCCCUCCUUCUCCUCCUUCUGGUCCCCCUCACUCAGCCUGAGACUGGAUGACUUUCCUCCCCUC